AUGGACACGUUAUUUUCUACCAACUCCAGCAAAGCGAUAGUCGCCCCAGGCCUAUGUGCCAACUGCUACGCCAACGCCAAACCACAGUUCCUGCCACAGCAAGAUUUGGGCGCAACGACUACCUCGUCUACGAACACGACCAUCCGGCCGCUAAGCCAACAUGGGGAUCAUGACCCGGCCCGCGCUAGUGGAGUAGGGUCCAAAAUCUGGACGACUCCCCUCCACAUUUCAGUCUCCCACGGUCAUCUCUGGGCUGUGUCCCUCCUUCUUGACCACGGUGCCGAUCCUAACGCCAUUGACGGGGCUGGCUCCACCGUGCUUCAUACAGCCGUCCAGUGCGGCCACCACGCCAUCGUGCGGGAGCUGCUUCGGUAUAAUGCGGAUCCGAGUUCCGUAGACGUGGCAGGGUGGCUACCGUUGCAUUAUGCUGCAGAGGCGGGCGAUGAAAAUUGCAUGCGGGCGUUACUGCAGACAGGUGGGGGGUAG